CAAUGGCGGAACAACCUACUGAAAAGCUUGCUAUUCCAGCAUUGGCAGCAACUGCCUACACCUCAAAACAACCCAAAAAAAGAAAGACAGACUUUCAAAAAGACAGUCCAAAAGAGAGUCCGACAAUAAGCGGAAUAAAACGCGUGUCAAUAUCGGCGAAGCGUUUCAGCGGUGGAGAGAUCUCCGGGACAGCAUCGGCCUCACGUUGGACUCCGAGCUAGCCGUUCUUCUCCUGGACAGUAUGACAUCACUUGAUUUGAAUGCUGACCGCAUCAAUGUAGAGGAGUUCAACGACAUUCAGAAUUCCAUCAUUGACUGGGCAGAUGACACCUUGUGCCACGCUGAAGAGACAGAGUCUGUCUCAUCUUUGGAGGAGGAGGAGGAGACCAGUGAUGACGACAGUGAUGCUGAUUACAUCUUCCCUUUGUGUGUCCGAACUGGUGGUGCCCUCCCCUCUACGAGCAUUCGCUUGGAUGCACUUCUAGCCAUAAGUAUGGAGGACACUGUGCAUGACUCUUCAGACGUCGGUCCCACUCUCACAGAUGCACCUGAGAUGCCAGAAAAGCUCCAGCCCCAGAGAGAAGAUGAGGUCAUUGGCCAGCCAGCUUCUAUUGCCUAUCAUCUAAACUUGAAGCUGCUGGCUGAGUACCUUCUGCUGCCCAUCCCCAUGUGUACCGCCAAGGACCCUGUUACCAAUGCAGCGUGCCAGGCCCAUGGACCCUUUCAGGUGACGGUCAAAUCCAGGGCCACAGCUGCCAUCAUUGAGUGGACGUUUCCCUUUGGUCAUAUUGUGUGGCGUUCAAGUUCACAGUCCGCUCUCAAGUAUGGGAUGCUGAUAGGGGACUUCAUGUUGGCUGUCAAUAUCCUCCUCUCUGGAAACAACUAUGCGAAAGUGGCAUUACUGUUCAAAUUUAUGAACAUGGGGAUGGUGGGAAGGUCCACAUUUUUCAAAAUACAGGACACCUACUGUGUGGACACCAUAAAACAGUUCUGGGAAGAAAAGCGAGGAUUAGUUAUUUCCCAGCUAAAGCCCAAAGCCAGUGUCGUGGCCCUGGGAGAUGGUCGGAUGGACAGCCCUGGAUUCUGUGCACAGUACUGCACAUAUAGUGUGAUGGAGAAUGACUCUAAAGACAUCAUCUCCAUGGUGACAGUGGACAAACGUGAAACGGCGCGGAACAGUGUCAUCAUGGAGAAGGAAGCCUUCAUCCGGACUUUUGACACACUUCCCAAGGGCAUAUAUAAGUCAUGGGGAGUUCGCCAUACCCUUGACAUGUGGCACGGAUCGAAAAACCUUGGAAAGAAGAUCCACCAGGCGAGCCAGCAGAAGGGGUGCUCCAUUUUACUCAUUUGGAGCAAGGAUGUGUGCAACCACUUUUGGUUUUGUGCCAAAAUGUCGGCAACCUAUGACGACUUCUUUGACAUGUGGGCUGGCCUACUCCAUCACGUCACAGGAGCACACGAGUGGGCUCUUGGCGCCUGUCACCAUGGACCCUUGUCGGACAACAGGGACAAGGAAUGGAUAGAGAAGGGAUCUGUGGCACACAGAGCACUCAUUGAGAUAGUGCUAAAUGCACGCUGGCUGGGUGAAGUAGUGAAGUACCUGGGAUUUAGGUCUACAGCAGAACUUGAGUCAUUUCACAACCACAUACUGAUGUAUGCCAGCAAGAGAUUCAGUUUCACCCCGCCCGUCUAUUCAGCUCGCACCCUACUUGCUGGUUUGGAUUAUAAUCAUCAUGUCCACCGACCAGUGCAGAGAAAAGCUGAUGGCUCCAUUGAGUAAGUUCUUAAAAUUGACAACAGUAUACCCACUAAAACGGAAAUAUAUUAGUUUUAUAA